UCGGCGCGCUUUGCCAGUCGCCGCACGGAGCUCGGAGUGACGCGCGCCGGCUGCAGGAGGGUCGGACGGUGGACGAGCGGACGCCGGGCGCAGAGGCCGAGGGACAUCAGUGACCUCCAGCAGCAGCUCGGUCGACGCGGCGGCCCGUACGCCCGACUCCGGCCCCCCGACUGAGCGAGGGCAGCGUCCAGGACCGGUUGGCACUGAAGGACCGACAGACGACGCACCAUGGGCCUCGACGACAGCAAGGCGGGCCGGCCACCGGUACCCAACUCGUCCGUUGAACACCUGUUUGAGGGCGACGAGAACCCCGAGCGAGGCAACUGGACCGGCAAGCUCGACUUCCUCCUCUCCUGUCUCGGAUAUGCCGUCGGUCUGGGGAACGUGUGGCGGUUUCCGUACCUGUGCUACCAGAACGGCGGCGGGGCCUUCCUCAUCCCCUACGCCAUCAUGCUGUUCUGCCUGGGCGUCCCGAUCUUCCUGCUGGAGCUCACUAUCGGCCAGUUCAGUGCCAUGGCUCCCAUCACACUCUACAAGCACUACGCGCCCGCCUUCAAAGGUGAGAAGGGAGGGGAUUCGAACCCGCCGCGACGGCACGGAGAAGCAGGCGAUGGUGUGUGUUUGUGUGGGUACUUCCGAACAGACAUGAGCAAAGCAGCAUGAGAGAAACAUCUGUUUGUACUAGCUCUCCCACACGGAUAUCGUCAAACUUAAGCUCGGAUUGGCACAGAAAGACUAGGUCAGUGUCAAACCGAUCGCGACGACCUUCAGUGGAACCGCAGACCGGUGGCAUGUGACUAACCCAGCCAUGAAAUUAUGCCGAGAAGAAAAGAAUCGCAAUGCAGCGCGAUGGGCUAGUUGGAUGUCUGCCAGAAAGUGACGGAUAGCAUACCUAUACUGCUUGACCUCUGAUUAUAAUUCAAACUGGAUUACAUGGUCAGUGUCACAUCACAUACCAGCAUCUGCGAUGCUGGGCUCCGCAUCGCGGGACCGCAGGUUGUUUGAGCAAGCACCUCUGUGACCCACUCACCAUUGAAAGCAGCAAAAACGCCCGCCGCCAAACGAGAGAACGAGCAUUGCACGUGCAGACCGGAGUGGGUGUGCUACAAACUGACAAGCACGGCAUCCUAUUCGCCGGUCUACAGUGGUGUGCCAAAUUUGAGUGUAAUCGGCCCGGCCGUUUUCGAGAUCUUGAAGCGGCACCCUUCACGUGCGCACGUGCAAGUUGGGUCCCAAUUGUGUUGUGCACGGCACCCUAGUUGCCGGUUUCUAGAAGUGUACCGAAUUUGAGCUAAAUCGGCCCUGCCAUUUUCAAGAUCUGGAAGCGACCCCUACACGGCCGCACGUGCAGUUGCACCCCAACCGUGACACACGGAAAUACAAACUAACUGACUUGUGCACAGCACCCUACUAACCGGUCUCUAAAGGUGUGCCGA